GUAGUUGAGAAAGGUGUACCCACCCUAGAUUAUGAAUAAACAGUCUUGAAGUCCAACUCGAGUAUCAUUGACGCCUACCCUGACAUGGCGCAGCCGGAAAUUAUAUAAAUGUUUUUAUUAACGAGAAUAUAGUAUAAAAAGUUUAAGAAAUUCGUUAGUGGACUUAGUUGUUUAUGUACAAACAUGGAAACAGUGCUUACGCCUCCGUUGCCGUUUACUUAUGAUCAAAGUUUAUUGAACAUUACUACGGGCAGUUUGAGUGACAGUUGGAAUAAAUGGAGUAAAGGAUUUAAAAUAUAUUUCGAAGCGUGUGAACUUUCUAAAAAAACACCGGCCAUACAAAUAAAUAUAUUGCUUCAUGUAGUGGGUGAGCAGUGCAGAGAAUUGUAUGAACAACUAAAUGUGAAGUGUACAACGGUAGAACAAGUUUUGGCCGAGUUUAAAAAAUAUUUUGAUCAAAAGAAAAACUUAACGGUCGAGAGGCAUCGAUUUUUUACGCGAAGUCAGGCAGAAAGUGAAACAAUAGAACAAUAUGUGUUUGAUUUAAAGAAAUUAUCAACUUCAUGUGAAUUUGGAACUUUAUGUGAUUCCUUGAUUAAGGAUAGAUUGAUAUGUGGCAUCGCGAGCAAAGCUAUUCGGGAGAGAUUAUUACGUGAAGCCGACUUGACUUUAGAACAAGCUAUGGAGAUUUGUCGAGCGGCUAUAGUAUCCAAAGUGUAUUCAGAAAAAAUAAUUGAGUCGCGAGAAAAAUCGGUACAUAACAUAACGACGGGUGAUGAUUCAUUGCAAGAUAAUAACGUAUGGCAAAUAUCACAACGAGGAGGUUACGGUCGUGGCCGAGGACGGUUCGCGGGGUCGCGAGGCGGCCGCGGUGCCGGGCGCGGGGCUUGGAGCAGGCGCAGCGCGGGCGGUUGGCGCGCGCAGGACUCGACCGUGUCGGCGCGAGCGGCGGCUGGCGCUGGCGGGAGCGGCGCUGGCGAUCGUGGUGCGACGUAUAACGCGUAUAAUAACAGUCGUUGUUGUAACAAAUGUGGCACAACGCACGGAAACUAUGCGUGCCCCGCGUAUGGAAAACGUUGUUUACGGUGUUCGCGUUUGAAUCACUUUUCGCGUAUGUGUGGUGUGUAUCAAAUUGAGGAGUCGGACCAACAGGUAAUAUAUUGUCUUAAUAAUGAGAUAGAUGAAUGGACGAUUGUUUUAAAUGUUAAUAGUCAUAACUUAGGGUUUAAGCUUGAUACGGGAGCCGAAGUUAAUGUUUUGCCAUUACGUUACUUAUCUCAAGUCGGUUUAAGCAAAGAAAAUUUAAUGGUUACAACAUCGCGACUGCACGGUUAUUCUGGAAAGAACUUGGAUGUUCUAGGGAAAUGUUUUUUGAAAGUGGUAUAUAAAGAUAACGUAUAUUUUUUGGAAUUUAAAGUGGUUGAUGUGCCGUCCGCUCCUGUAUUAGGUAAAAAUGAUUGCAAGCUCAUGAAUUUGGUUAAAAGAGUAUUUGCGGUGAGUGAAACGGAGCAAUUACAUUCUCCGGCUUUUGUUACGGAAUAUAAAGAUGUAUUUCAGGGUAUAGGUUGUUUGCCUGGCAGUUAUAAAAUUAGAGUGAAUCGCGAAUGUAAGCCCGUAGUGCACGCUCCAAGAAAGGUACCAAUACCAUUGCGAGAAAAAUUAAAGGCAAAGUUAGAAGACAUGGAGCGACAAGGUAUCAUAGAGAAGGUUGAGGGCCCUACUGAUUGGGUCAACAGCAUGACCAUUGUAAAAAAACCAAAUGGUGACCUUAGGAUAUGUUUAGACCCAAAAGAACUAAAUCAAGCAAUAAAACGAGAACACUUUAGGUUGCCUACAUUAGAUGAAAUCGUUUCGAAUUUAUCAGGGGCUCAGUAUUUUAGCACACUAGCUGCUACUAAUGGUUUUUGGCAACUGGUUUACAAACCCGGCAAGCAGUUGCAUAUAGCGGACGCGCUAUCGCGCGCCUACGAGCCGCUAGCGGCCGCUUCCAGCGAUCAUCAUGACCUGCAAGAUGAACUUUCAGAGGCGGUCCACACCGUGUGUGCAUACAACGAGUUAACUGAUACUCACUAUUUAAUACUACAAAAAGAAACAGAUAUUGACAGUGAGAUGCAACUGUUAAGAAAGUAUAUUAGAAAAGGAUGGCCGGAAGAAAAAAAAGACGUAGAAGACGUUGUGAAACCAAUUGAGAGAUGUGCUGCAUUGGUAGCAGCCAUGGACGUGGAGCUGUGCGCUUGUUGUUCGGCCGAGGCCCAGCGAGCCGAGCGAGCGCAAUGUCUCCUGUGCUGGCCCUGCGUGGAGCACGCAUCAUCUACAUCUACAACACUGCCGUCACAUGUGGAAGAAACCGUCGUGGGCGACGGUUAUGGUCAGAUGGCCGAAUCUGUUAGCGGGGUUUUGAACGUGCCCUAA